AUGUCCACGGUGAGUGUUGAUGAUUCGGAGUGGACAUCGUUCCCGACCGAUCUUCACUCGUACUUGGAGCCAUCGCUCCCAGGAAUCAAUCUGAAUACUCACAUAUACCCAACAUACAAGGCCAAGCGCCCCAUUGCAGAUGCUGUUGCGAAGUUGCUGCGGUGGAUCGAUACUCUCACACCAGGAAAGGUCAUUUUGACUGGACAUUCACUUGGUGGAUACUUGGUAGCAGACGCUGCAGUCAUCAAUGCGAGACAGGCUGAUAGUGUUCAUCCCAUCAUUGGCAUACUUGCAAUGGACGUCCCCUAUCUUGGAGUCCACCCGCAUGUUAUCGUGAGCGGACUAGCGUCACUCUUUGCGGGUGAGAGGCAGCCCGAAGCAGAAGUCAACGACACCACGAAAGUGGACAUUGCACCCCGCCAAUCUGUCGACGAUGUUUCGCUCAAUAACCACCGAUCACCAACUCAUUCACAAAACAACCGCGCCGCAUCGCCUGCAGCAUCCGAGUCAGAAAUUUCUAAAACUUUCAAAUUCUUGAGCCGUCACGCACACGACAAACACCCCUUCAGCGCCGCGUACCAAUGGGUGUCGGAUUAUUUCGAGUUUGGUUCCGCUGUUAUCGACAGAGAGGGCCUAAAUGAGCGUUUCACAGCUCUCACAAAAUGGGGUGGCGAUUGGGUGCAUUUUUACACUCAUACCGUGCCGGAGGGUGACGAGGGUACAAAGUGCUCCAUCACAUCCUCCUUUCGUAGCUUGAAAAGUUUCGAACUUCCACACAUCGGUGGUCUCAAACUGGAAACUCAGCCAUUCCAUCCAGAGCACCAUGCGGGGUCAGCUGCGGAAGGCAGCGCCUUGGAAUUUGACUUAUUCAAAGCCGCUGCGGCCAAGGCCAAGGCUAAGAUGGAAGCAUUGUCAGCCAAAAAGAACAGGAGCGGACAAACCCAUUUAGAAGUUCCGAGCCCUGAGCGCUGGCCCUCAGAAGAAAGCACUCAAUUCUCCGAUGUGUCACAGCGCUCAACUUCCCCAACCCCAUCCACGCGAAGUUCGUCCUCACAGUUAUCUCUGUCGAGACCACCGUCCAUUGCAUUAGAUGAGCUUCCUCCCAAGCAACCGCGAAAACAUCUGCAUCGCUUCAUCGUUUUGCCCUUGGCUCUAACACCCCAGUGGCAGUCCGUGCCUAUAGCAGGGGUGGAUAACGAAGUUGCUGCUCACACUGGCAUCUUCUUCCGACACCAGAAUCUGGAAUACGACAGUUUUGUUCCGAGAGUGGGCUCACAACGAAUGUCCUUCGCAAAAUGA